AUGGAAGCUCUUAUAAGAUGUACUGCUUUUGUUUUUAACUUCAACACCGAAGAAUAUUCUAACUCAGUUGCCAGCGAAGGCAAAGAACCUGAAAUGAGUUCAGACCAGGCAUCACUCCCAUCGAAGACAGAAGACCGGACAACCACAGCUGUCCACGAAGAAGACGAAGAAAAGCAAAUAGGAGGGGAAGAUUCCAAAAGCCAUGAAGCCGCUGGGAAAGGAACAUGGAAACACGCAGCUUUCCAUGUUGCCACGACCAUUGCUACCCCUGCCGCUUAUGCUCCUCUGCCUUUUGCUCUCGCUUCUCUCGGCUGGCCUCUAGGUGUAAGUAGUUUGGUGGCUGCAACUCUAGCUACGUGGUAUUCUAGCUUACUAGUUACCUCUUUGUGGAGGUGGAAUGGCAAGAAGCAUGUCACAUAUCGGCUUCUUGCACAGAGUAUCUUUGGAUUCUGGGGUUACUGGUCUAUUGCAUUUUUUCAGCAGGUGGCUUCGUUGGGAAAUAAUAUUGCCAUUCAAAUUGCUGCUGGUAGCAGCCUCAAGGCUGUUUACAAGCACUACCAUAAGGAUGGCACACUCACCUUGCAACACUUUAUUAUAUUCUUUGGGGCUUUCGAACUUUUCGUCUCUCAGCUCCCUGACAUCCACUCUCUAAGAUGGGUCAAUGGGUUAUGCACUUUAAGCACAAUUGGCUUUGCUGGCACAGCCAUUGGCGUCACAAUCUAUAAUGGUAAAAAGAUUGAUAGGGAGUCGGUCAGUUAUGGUUUGCAGGGAAGCUCCUCUGCUAAGAGAUUUGCUGCAUUCAAUGCUCUUGGUGCAAUUGCCUUUUCAUUUGGAGAUGCAAUGCUUCCAGAAAUACAGUAUACAGUGAGGGAACCUGCAGUGAAAAAUAUGUAUAAAGGUGCGUCGACAGCAUAUGGUGUUAUUGUUUUAACUUACUGGCAACUAGCUUUCAGUGGAUACUGGGCAUUUGGAUCAGAAGUCCAGCCUUACAUCUUGGCUUCUUUGACUGUCCCAAAAUGGACAAUUGUAAUGGCCAAUAUCUUUGCUGUGAUUCAGAUAUCAGGAUGCUACCAGAUAUAUUGCAGGCCUACUUAUGCCUACUUUGAGGAAAGAAUGCUCUCCAACAGAACCAACAGUUUUCCCUUCAGAGGUCACUUUGUCCGCCUUAUCUUCACCGCCAUCUACAUUGUUCUUGUAACUCUCGUUGCUGCGGCCAUGCCAUUUUUCGUGGAUUUUGUGUCCAUUUGCGGUGCCAUUGGAUUCACUCCCCUGGACUUCGUCUUCCCCGCUUUAGCAUUCCUGAAAGCUGGGAAAAUGCCCAAAAACAGAGAACUUCGCCUUUCCAUGCAGCUUCUUAAUAUUGCAAUAGCAGCCUGGUUUUCAGUUGUUGCUGUUUUGGGUUGCAUUGGUGCAAUCAGAUUUGUUGUCGAAGAUGUCAAGACUUACAAGUUCUUUCAUGACAUGUAAAAUCCCGGAUUCGCAUAAUUUGCAAUCCAUUAUUAACUAUGAAAAGGGAAUGCAUAUAAGCAUGCAUGAAAAGCAUGCCACUAUAUAUCAAUUUUGACGAAAAAGUCUAUUGACUACU